CUUGGUUGGUUUCUAUUUCGGGCCUGAUGAACGCAAUCCACACGUUACAGAAGCCAGUCUACCCGAUUCUAGGCGUGGAUGGUAAACGCCUGGAUUUACCCCCCCCACUAUUACUAUUUCACCUCGACCGUGGGCGUUUCCCACACGAUACCCCGGGGUUGGGAUUUUAUGAGCUUUUGCACAUCUGGCCGCCUGUAAGGCAGCAAAUUGUCUCAGUGUUUAUACACAUCGGGGAGUUCUCUCAAGUCAUCCAGUUUUAUUCGGAGAAAACGUGUAGCCCCGCUGUGCUUGACUUAAUGGGGGACACCCGAAACCUAGUACACCACCGUUUGUUUUCUUUGCCAGACGAGAACGACCGUCUAGAACUGAUUCUAGAUUGCGGGGGGCGGUCUUCUGGGGAGACUGAAUUGUCCCGGGAAAUCUACCUCGCUUGCCGACUUGGCGUGAUUUUGUAUGCUAUUCAUGUCACCUAUCCAGUCCCACGGUCCCAGGGACUGCGAGAUUCUAUCCUCCAACGUCUCCAUCCAAAGAUCGAUCGCCUCAUGAACGAACAAGUUCCCGGCCGAUUGCUCCUGUGGUGCGUAACAAUUGCAGUGAUCGCUAUGGGUGACGGAGCCUCCAACAGUCCCAACCAAUUGACCAUGUACAUGAGGCGCCUAUGCCACAAUCUAAGUGUCAAUAGCUUACCCAAGUUAAUGGGCCUUCUUCACACCUUUGUCUGGGUGGACGGAGUAGUUCCGGACCACUGCGAGGGCCUUUGGCGGAGAAUCUCUUCCUUAUGACCCCAAAGUUCUUUUUUCUUUUUUUGGUUGUUUUUUUAAUUAAAGUGGGUCGCCAAAUGCCAUGUGAAUCCCGACAACUUUGUGGACUGAAAAAUUGCUGGAAUAGGAAUAUGGGGUUAAAAUACUUGACUCUCGGGU